UAACCUGGGAAACAUUUCUGCCAUGAAACCAUUAAUGCUAUGUCGUUUUGUCGUCGAAAAUAUAAGCAUAUUAAGAAAAAUAAAUAACCGUUGAGCUGAGCUAUUCGGGAAGAGUAACGGUUAAAUACACUGCAACUUAAUUUAAAUCUCUCUGAUGUAUUUUAACUUACGGAUGUCCGUGACUGUAUCUGUCAACAACCAAUGAACGACAGUGAUACUUCAGCUAGCUGCUGGUUACGAAGUAGCUUGUGAGCUUAGUUGUCUUAUUCAUUUAUCGUUGUUUAAAGGUGCAUUUAAUCCCAUAUAUUUCCUCCAAUAUCUCUCGGAGUUAUAAAAACAAAAGAAAAACUAAUCAGCUAAGUGAACAAGAUGUUGCUGUGGACAUUGCAUGCCACGUGAUCUCUGACGUCAGGACUUCAAAUGUGCAUCUUUUAAUCUUCUCCUGACUACCACAGAAGAAACACAGACGUGAACAUCGGACUUCUGCCCUGUUCGAAACUUUUCUCUUGAGAAAAAGUUAUUUCUGACUUCCAGUAACUAUGCCAACAUCAGUCAUAUUGAUUCCACCAAGUAGGAGGCAUCCUCCCACUUUGGCGAAUGGUCCCUUGUCCGACAUUGUGCUCAAUCAUGGCCUCCAUGGCAGCAGGGAUGGAUCUGCACUGGCAGCAGGCACUGUAAGGAAGCGUGCUGCCUUCAUGAAGUCUCCCUACUACAGGGAAAAUAAGCAAAUCCAGUUGUCCAAAGCUCCCCGGAAGAGGAAACGGUCCCCCGACAUCCAACAAGUGGCACCAGCACCCAUUCCUUGUUCGACUAUCCCACAUGAUGACCCGCCUGAUUUGGCACCCACUCAGCCCUCAGGCAUCCAACAUGAUGACCCACUGACAGAGACACCCAUUCCUACCUUGGUGAGCCCACAUGAUGACCCACCGACAAAGACACCCAUUCCUACUUUGGUGAGCCCACAUGAUGACCCACCGACAGAGACGCCCAUUCCUACUUUGGUGAGCCCACAUGAUGACCCACCGACAGAGACACCCAUUCCUACUUUGGUGAUACAACAUGAUGACCCACCGACAGAGACGCCCAUUCCUACUUUGGUGAGCCCACAUGAUGACCCACCGACCGAGACACCCAUUCCUACCUUGGUGAGCCCACAUGAUGACCCACUGACAGAGACACCCAUUCCUACCUUGGUGAUCCAACAUGAUGACCCACCGACAGAGACACCCAUUCCUACCUUGGUGAGCCCACAUGAUGACCCACUGACAGAGACACCCGUUCCUACCUUGGUGAUCCAACAUGAUGACCCACCGACAGAGACACCCAUUCCUACUUUGGUGAUACAACAUGAUGACCCACCGACAGAGACGCCCAUUCCUACUUUGGUGAGCCCACAUGAUGACCCACCGACAGAGACACCCGUUCCUACCUUGGUGAGCCCACAUGAUGACCCACUGACAGAGACACCCAUUCCUACCUUGGUGAUCCAACAUGAUGACCCACCGACAGAGACACCCAUUCCUACCUUGGUGAGCCCACAUGAUGACCCACCGACAGAGACACCCAUUCCUACCUUGGUGAGCCCACAUGAUGACCCACCGACAGAGACACCCAUUCCUACCUUGGUGAUCCAACAUGAUGACCCACCGACAGAGACGCCCAUUCCUACCUUGGUGAUCCAACAUGAUGACCCACCGACAGAGACACCUGCUUUUACCAUGGUGAUCCAACAUGCUGACCUACUACCAGAGACACCCACUUUUACCUUGGUGAUCCCACGUGAUGACCCACCCACAGAGACACCCAUUCCUCCCUCAGCCAUCCCACACGAUGACCUACCGGUGGCGUCAAUACUGCCUCGUGUCCCACUGCCCCCCAUCUCCUCUCCAUCUGAACCACUAACCAUCCAUAACCUCUCAGUGGAGGAGUACCAGUGCAUCUAUCAUGAGGUGGUGGAUGCCAAACUGAGGUCAAAGAAAGGUCGAACCCGUCCGUACAGUCUUGCGCUCGGACGUUCCAUCAAACAGAAGCUGUGGGAUCGUCUGUGUCGUCCCACAUUCACUAAAACAGUGGAUGAGGAUGGCCGCGUGCAUAUCACCCCAUCAUACGGCGUUGGAGUCUCCCCUCCGCUGUAUGAUGUGGAUAUUUCACUUGAACCCAAACCUCAACACCGGAAAACUGUAAAGAAAUAACAUGGCAUGAUGAGACAAUUCAGUUGUCUACACACACGUUGGACUUUAGCAUCUCUGCAUAGGGGUGCACAAUGCGGAAAAUCAAAGGACGUGGGGGCCACUUUGGUAUUUUAUGUAUUUUAAAAUGUUGUUAAAAGGCAAAAAAAUAUAUGUUCAAGAUCAAAUAAUUUUAUUAUUAGUUAUUACUAUCAACAUUUAAGCUUCUCUUUAUACUUCUGUGUCUUUUACUUUAUUUUCCCCUUUUUAAUAUAUUAAUUUUAUUUGUACAAUGUGCCGUGGCCAGUAAAUAACAAGCUGCACGCCACAAAGUGGCCCUGGGCCGCACUUUGGACACCUUUAAGCUUUCCUUUCUUUACAAAAAAAAUAUUAUAUGUUAUAUUUUGUGCUGCACUUUAAUAAAUGCACUCUAACUGUACGUCCAGGUUCCUGAGGCUCAGCAUGGUGAGCUUCUACCUGCUGUGUCCGAUGACAGGAAGCCGUCCUCAAGCCGCCAUAAGAAAAUAACAUGGCUAUAUUGUGAUGUCUUUUUCACCAAGUAGCACAGUGAUGAUUAAUGAUGGUGAUUUUUUUUUAAUGGCUCAAAAUUGCAACAUGUGAUACAUUUUAAACUGUUAUAAAAGAAUAUUUAAA